CACCAUUAUAAAGGUCGGCUCUCCUUUGACCUUCGGGCACGAAGGCAGCCCCGUCUUGCGCUCCUCCGCCAUCGUUCCUGUACGGCCUGCCAGCCAUGUUAACGAAACUGAGGAGCCUCUCCGGGAGGCGUCUGUAUUAUACGGUCAACUUUGUGGCUGGGAUUGCGAUCUUCUUCUUCGGAUAUGACCAAGGAAUGAUGGGUGGUGUGAACACUGCCCCAGAUUACGUCGAGACUAUGAAGCUUGGGUAUUCGACAUACGAAGGACCAGAUGAAGGCUACGUCGUAACGAUCACGGAACCCACUCGUCAGGGAGGGAUUGUCAGCAUAUACUACCUUGGAACUUUGAUCGGAUGUCUCAUGGGGGGCAUACUUGGUGACAGGGUCGGACGGCUGAAGACUAUGUUACUGGGAGGUCUCUGGGUUAUGUUUGGCGCUGCGCUCCAGUGCUCGGCCCAGAAUAUCGCAUGGAUGCUUUGCGCUCGAAUCAUUAACGGGAUUGGAACCGGUUAUCUGAACGCUGUAGUGCCUGUAUGGAGCGCUGAGGUUUCUACCCAUACUUCAAGAGGUGCUUUUAUCGCCCUGGAAUUUACUCUGAACAUUUUCGGAGUAGUCGUCGCGUAUUGGCUGGAAUUCGGGCUUGGAUAUAUUGGUGAUGGCAGGACGCAGUUCCGCUGGAGGUUCCCUAUCGCAUUCCAAAUUAUCCCGGUAGUCAUUUUCAUGCUAUGCCUUUCGUUCAUGCCCGAGUCUCCUCGCUGGCUCGUCAAGGUUGGACGAACGGAGGAAGCUAGGGACAUCCUCGGGCGUUUACGGGAGGGCAGCGGAGGCCCGGAGGAGACCGCGCGUGCCGACGCAGAGUUCGAGGAUAUCAUGGAGAUCGUCAACCUCGAGAAGAAGCAUUCCAAACGGAAUUCGUACUGGGCUAUGUUCUGGGGCAUCGACUCCGGGGACCUCCACGUCGCAAGGCGGGUUCAAUUGUCGGUCUGGCUUCAGAUCGUCCAAGAAUGGGUCGGUAUCGCUGCGAUUACAGUUUAUGCGCCUACGAUUUUCGCCGAAGCUGGUUAUAGCUCCCGUAAAUCUCAGUGGUUAUCUGGUCUCAAUGAUGUGACGUACAUGCUUGCCACCCUCAUGGCUGUUGUGACCAUCGACAGAUGGGGACGACGUGUCGGCCUGUGGUGGGGCGCCGUUGGGCAGGGGAUCUCAUUGAUCCUCGCUGGUGCCUUCUCCCGCCUCCUCAAGGACCACCCUGAGAACGCUUCUCAGUACGGCGGAGCCGCAGCCUUCUUCGUGUUCCUGUACACCGCUAUUUUCGGCGCUACCUGGCUGAGCAUCCCAUGGGUGUAUCCUACUGAGACGUUCCCUCUGGAGGUCCGCGCAAAGGGGAACGCAUGGGGUGUCGUGGGCUGGAGUAUCGGCAACGGUUGGCUGACCCUGCUUAACCCCGUCAUGUUCAACGCUAUCCAAGAGAAUACCCUACACAUCUUCGGCGCAGUUAACUUCCUCUCCAUUCCGAUGGUCUGGGCACUGUACCCAGAGACCGCCAACCGCACGUUGGAGGAGAUGGAUCUCCUAUUCGCUAGCAAGAGCCCGUGGGUCUGGGACGAGGAGGCCCACUUCAAGAAAUUGAAGGAGGCCAAUCCGCAGGUUGAGCACACGCAUGCGCUGGAAGGGAAAACGGCCGCCACGGCUGCGCACAUAGAUUCGAAGGUAGACGGAGAUGAGAAGCAGUAGAUUUGACAUACAUGCUCCUGUUUCGUGUACGCUGUUUCUGGACUUGCUAUACCAUAGUGGAAUCUUGUGUCUUGGGACGGGUAGCGGAACGCUGCAUCACGCCAGUCUUGUGUCAGAGAGAAACGGAGUAGCCGUCGAUGAAUUUGAGUCCCCUGAUUGCCAUGCGCAACCAGGAGCUCCGACACC